GAGUCAGCAGACCGCUCUGCAGCAAGCCACAGGGGCCAAAAGCCCACCUAUCAGGAGUAAAGUGGUCGUACAGUAACAAGGGACGCUUUCAGGACUCAGCCAAUCACAAUACAGCGAGGGGCUCGCAGGCAGCUUCUCGUUUUCCAAUCAGUGCCGAGGAGCGCCUCGCUUGAAAUGGCGCGCGCGCUCGGCCUCCGCGGAGCUGCUGUCAUGGCUACCUGGAUGUGCGGGCUGUUUCUUCUGCUGGGUCCUUUGGCUCUCGGGGAUCCCAGCGAGUCGUGCAGCGGGUUCCAGUUGGUACCCGGGUUCGGGAUGGAGGACCCUGAAGCCCCUGUUCAGGGGGUGAAGUUGCUGAGUUCCCUGGAAGUGGAUUCGGAUGAGGAGUGCUACAAGCGAUGCUGCGCCACCCCUCAGUGUGAUCUAGCAGUGCUGAGGGGCCCCGGGAGCCAGUGCCACCUUCUCAAGUGCUCCUUCAUUGGCUUCGACAUGUGUCAGCUGAAGGAGAUCGAAGGAGCCAGAAGCUACCGCAGGGUCAACGUUGGGGCCGCACCAAGCCAGACUGACUUCUGCUUGCCAGCCGCCAAGACCGGGCGCUGCCGGGCUUCCUUCCCGCGGUGGUGGUACGAUGCCGAGAGCCAGACGUGCAAAAGUUUCACCUACGGCGGCUGCGAAGGGAACCUGAACAACCACGGCAGCGAGGAGGACUGCGCGACCAAGUGCAGCGGGAUAAAAGCGGUGGAGCAGUCCAGCGACGUGACGCCCGGCGAGCGCCCCGUGGAAGCCGAUUCCCUCCAAGGUUCUGAGCCGGAGCCCCCAAAAGUCCAAGCGUCCAGGAGUCGAAGCUUUAGCGAGUACUGCACCGAGCCCAAGUUCACGGGGCCGUGCCGGGCGUCCUUCCAGCGUUGGUACUUUGACAGCGAAGCCGGAACGUGCAACAAGUUCGUCUUCGGAGGAUGCAAGCCAAACAAAAACAACCACCUCACCGAGGCCGACUGCGUCCAGACCUGCGUUGACGGCCAGAAUGACGCCACCGUCCAUCACCGCUCGGCUGCAGCCGUCGCUCUGCCCAUCCUGCUCGCCGUCAUGGCCGGCAUCCUGCUCGUCGCGAUGAUCAUGUUCUUCGUGAAGGUGGCAAAGAAGAACCGCCACGACUCGAGCUUCCGAGCCAUGUGGAACCCCAUCGACGAUAAGGAGUAUCUGGUGAACAACGCCUACACCUUAUGAGGGCCGACGGACGCGGGCCCGUAACACUCCGUUUCACCCGGGCGUGCGCAGGGUCCGGCCCCUCACACCCUCCGGUGGUCUUUUCCUCAAUGAUAAUAAAUUUCUAGCCAGUGAAACGUCGGUCUUAAGGGGAGUUAUUUACCUUUAGAAUAUUCCUUUUCUAUCUUCGAAAGCCUCUUUUUAUACACGCAACGGAUACGACUGGUUUCUUUUAUUUUUUCCUCCCCGUGAUGUUUAAUAUUCUUGUCUUUUGACGGAGUCGGGGAGGGCUGGUGACGUCCUUCUUACCCCGUUAGCGGAACGAAGCGUUACCCUGCAGGAUUCUACCCUUCGUUUUAAGGGCUGUUUUAGGGUUUCUUGGUCUGAUUUUAUUCCAAACGAUCGAUAAAGUUUUUUGUUAUUGUAAAGGUGAUUUAUUUCGUGGAUGUUUUAUAUUCUUGCAGUUCGUGAUGAGAGUUGUUACUAUUACAAUGUUUCCUGGGAGGUUCAUCGAUAGAAGUGCUGCCCGGAAACCCCGAUAACGCCUGGCGCGAUCGUUUGCCCACGUGGGGGGGGGGGGCAGCGGCCGCUUGUCCGGACGUUAUUUGGGUUUCCUUUAGGGGCCACUAAACCCAGAACCCGGGCCCCAGACAAAAAAAACUGCAGGUUUGAGGCCGGACUCCAUAAAACGAUCCUAUUGGUGGAGAUUAACUGGUGGGUGAGCGUCUUGGAGGGGAAGGAGUAUUACCCGGGACGGGGUCAUUCAAUAAAUUAUCGGGGAUGCAGUCUGCCUAAAACCCGCAGCCGGGGCUUCCGCUCAAAGGGAACCGGGAUUAAAGCGAAACACGGUAACUUCUCCAUGAUGCCCCCCCAUCGGGGUGACAAAAAGGGGGGGGCGUUUAGUCUUGAUUUGUAACACGGGAAGGAUAUCUGUGUCUUGUUGUUACUGUUUCCAAAUAAAGCUUUGUUUGUUCGAAA